AUGGAACCGGUCUCUAGUGCAGCCGCGAUCCUCCAGCUUCUUGGAAACGCGAUAAAGAUUGCUCUAAAUACAGCAAUAUUUGUGAAAAACGUGAAAAAUGCGGAGGAAUUCCAGGAUGACUUUAUCAGGGGCCUCGACUACUCCUUCAGGGCUGUCGAAAGGAUGACAGCACAGGUGGAAGAUAGAGAUGUGGCGGAUUGCUAUGAUAAAGCUGUUCAGGAGAGGAGAGAAAUUAGUAAGCUGGUACACGAAAUUGCCAAGGACUGUAAAAAAUGCAAUGACAGUCUGCAUCGGCUUUAUGGAACUUUCAGCAACACGCUUACGGGCAGGGUGACGGCAGAGGCCAGGCGAGUAUUACGCCGGCCCCAGAUAGAAACCGUGAAUGCACGACUUCGGAGCAACGUUGGGAACAUCCAGGCCCUAAUCUCUGUUUUACAAGUAAUCGCCAACAAUCAUCAAACAGAACAGGUGAAGGACUAUCUACGGGAAAUACAAGAAAAGCUCAUUUCCCUACAAGAAUCCCGAGCUGAGAUCAUGGCUGCUUUGAACAAUCUCAACAACCGAGAAGAGGUUAACAGGAUAGAUGAUGGGUCAGGGUUAAUCCACCAAAUAUGCGACGAGAUUGUUCUCAGCCGGGAUGCGGGCACUUGUAUCAAAAUUACAGAGGGUACUUUCAAAACUGCCAAGUCGAUAUAUGAUAGACUUUCUCGUGAUGGAUCCGUGCAGAAUUCUUCACCCUCAGACAGGAAGUCAGACGGUGACGACAGUGCCUAUGGUUCAUCUGUGCCUCAACUUGAACCCAAUACUAGUACUUCGGUACCCUUGUCGACCAUGACCGUAUUUCUUGACGGCUAUAUCCACGAAACAAAAACGGAAUUUGAAAACUGUGGCUACGAAAAGUGUAAGAAGUACAUACACGAAGCACUUGAAUGGGGUGAGUGCAGGUACUUUGAACACAAUGUGGAUUUCCAUCAAUGGUUUGACUUGCAACUCCUGCUCGCAGAGGUCUACGAAAAGGAAGGGAGCUUUCAAGAUGCACGGAGCUAUAUCUCGUUUCUAUGGCAACUUUCAGAGACACACACUGUCGACUAUCAGCAGAUGUCCAAUCUUCAAGAGGUACAACUACGCUGCGCAACAGCACGUCUUUUUUUACUUGAGUAUGAGCGAGAACCUCAUAACACGUCGCCGGAUAAAUUGAAACACGAAGCAUUGUCAGCGUUCGGUGCUGCAAUUACGGCAUUUCGUGAAGCAGCGGAUCCUGAGGAAGAGUCUGCGUCCGUUAUGUCUACAUUGCGGCAGCUCCUGGUUGACAGUGCGGCAACUCUGGACAAAGUGUUUGGUAUUCUAGCGGACCCCGUUGGCCAGCGGUCACUUCGUGUAGAGUAUCCCCUUCUACUCGAGACGCUGCCUGUACUUGAGCCCAUCAUGCAACCUACCCGUGGGACCGAGUCGGAACCACCUAUCCCUCAUCCUGUGUUAGAUAGACCCCAACCCCCAAAGCUGAGGUCCCCCGGACCUGCAUCAACAAGCGGGUCAUCCGAUGGGUGUGGAACCUCACCAGUAUCCCACAGAACAGACGUUACGCGACUAUCAGAAGACAGUAUGAGUACCGGGGCGAGUCAGUUACUCGGUGCUGCGAAGAUGCAGAAUUUCGAGGCAUUGAAGAAUAGAAUUAAUGAGUUUGGACCGUACAUCAACGCCAAAGAUAGCGCGGGAAUGAACGCUCUGCAUCACGCUUUGACCAGAUUAGGACGCGAGGAUGUCGUCAAGCUCCUGAUAGACAACGAUAUAGACGUCAACGCGAAGGAUAAUCAUGGCGACACUCCGCUACACUACUGCGUUCGGAGAAGCAACUAUCACGGGGCGCAAAUACUCCUCAGCAAGGGAAAGGCAGCCAUCGACUGUGUGAAUAAGACGAAUCAAACACCUGCGAAGCUGGCCAUCGAUCAAAGCAGCAUCCCCAAUAGAGACAUACUACAACUCUUGAUCCACAAUAAAGCAGACUUCGAUUGGCCCGGUAUUCCUCGCGGCAUUCGCGAUUACCUACGGGAACUUGGCUACGAGAGUAACGAGACUCGUGGUGAUAGUCCCGUGACUACGCAAACCCUAGAAAACUGGGAGCGGCGAAACAGCCGAGCAAGCCAAAGUAGCCACACUUCAAACAGGAGUCGGUGGUACCUAAGAAUUGGAAGAAUUCCAAGUCAUAAUACCUAAUACUCCUUUCAUAUUUUACAUUGAUGACGCCCAUCGCCCUUUUCACCAGUCUUUGGGCCGGUUCUUUCCUUUAUUUUUGGUCUCAUGUUCUCGCUCUCUUCUUCUGCUGCUGCUCAGAGUUAUUACCAGAUUAAGCAAUUCUACUAGUUAGCGUUUUGUUUCAGUUCGGGAGUUCUAGUUUUAUAUUGAUACCCAUAUGAAUAACUAGGUAGCUGCAUAAGUGAAUUUA